AUGGAUGUCUCAAACCGCCCUCCAGCAAACUCUUUCGUCACCUUUGCCCGCAAGAUCUACAAGCCCGUCGGCUUCUCCAAAGGCUACAACUUCAUUCUCUGGUUCAUUUUCCUCGGCGCCUUCCUCGGCUUCACCCUCGCCCGUCUGCAGUACCUCGAUUUCUACGGCAACUUUUGCCGCCCUGGAAACAAUGGCGCCGGCCCAGGCGAAUGUUUCUAUUGGCUUCAGGGCCACUAUCGAGUCGGCAUGAUUCUGCAUCUGGGUUGUAUCCUGCCCGCUGCGCUACUGGCUUGCAUCCAGUUCAUCCCCGUCGUAAGAUACAAGGCCAUGAUAGUUCACCGGGUGAACGGCCAUGUCGUGAUCCUCCUGUCUUUGGUGGCGACGGCUGGAGCUUUCAUGGUCGCUCGAAGGUCGUAUGGCGGAGGUAUUGAUAUUCAAGUGGGUGUUGGACUGCUGGGGAUAGGGUUCCUCGUGGCUCUUGUGAUAGCAUACAUCAACAUCAAACGCCUCCAAAUCGAGCAACAUCGCGCCUGGAUGUUGAGAGCUUGGUUCUGGGCUGGCUCCAUCAUCACCGUUCGAAUCAUCAUGAUACUCGCAGCGCUGAUUUUGCCUAUGACUGGGACCUAUUAUGUGGCGCAACCGUGCGACAAGAUUCAGUGGACAUUCAACCAGGGUGGUCUGUCGAAUGACCAGAUGUUACUAAGUUAUCCUGCAUGUGCUGCGUUCCUCUCUGGCGAAGUUAUGGACCAGCAUGCUACGGCGAAGGUAGACUUCUCAGGGGCACAGGAUGCUAUUCAAGUAUCUGCGGCUUUCGAUUUUAUUUUUGGAACAGCCCUUUGGUUAGCAUUUGCGCUUCAUGUCAUUGGCGUUGAGCUCUACUUGCAUUUGACUCCGGCUGAGGCAGAACGUCUGCGAAAGGUCUCCUACCAGAAACAAUUGGAGGCGGGCAUGAAACACCCCGGCCGUGCUGGACUUACUGCCGAUCGUUUGGGCGAUGCGCCCAUUUGGACACCUCACAAUGACAACAGUUCAAGGCAGGAUGAGCCCGCGAGGAGUUGGAGUGUAGCUCCGCAAGGCAUUACGGAGUGA